AUGAAUAAAGAUACAUCUUCGAUGCUGUGGCCUUUGUUGUCACGAAAAAGUCAGCCAGUUAUUUCUCCUGUUAAAAUUGAAGCAACAGGGUUUUAUAGAAAGGACUGCUGGAAUAAUUCAAGACAAAGUGGUGGAAAGACAUAUGCCAAUGUAUUAAUGUCCAUAUUUUAUAACAAUAUAAAUACGAAUGCUAAAAAUAAAAAAUUUCAUCAACUUUUCAAUAUGAUUCCUUUGGACGAAUUACUAAUUGCUGAAUUUGAUUGUGUGUUGCACCGUGGGGACUCCUUGAAUAUUGUUGGUAGUAAGCAAAAUCAUGAAUUUACUCCUACCGAAGAUACUAAAGUUAUUUCUUCAGGAGCUUUAAAUCAAAAGUCAAUAAUCAAUAGUGAUGGGAUUAUGCCAAACACUAUUUGUUUAUAUAUUGGAACGUUAUAUAUAUCUAAGGAUCAUUUAUGUUUUAAUACAAAAAAUCACCAACAUGGGUGGCUAUGUACCAGAUUACAAAUAUCCUUUCAACAGAUAGUCAAUGUUAUAUUAUGUGAAUCAUCUAUUCUUUAUUCAACUAAUGUAGGAGCUAAUAACAAUAGCAGUAGUAAUAGCAAUAUUAGCAUUACUAGUGGUAAUAAUAAAACUAACACAAGUGAUCCUAAUAUUAUAGAAAAUAUAGAUGAUAACGAUGAUAAUGAUGAAAAAUUCAUUAUUAUUGAAACGCAUUUAGGUAAGAUUCAAUUAAAUGGGUUUGAUUCUAUCAAUCAUGUAUUUAAAUUGAUUUUUACACUUUGGAAAAAUGUGAAACAAAAUAAUGAUAGCAAUGUAGUUAUGAUACCUUCGUUAUACAAUUUAAUUAUAGAAAGUAAUAAGAUUCAUGAUGAUGUAGAGAUUAUGGCUAAUGAUAUACGAAUAGAAAAUUUGAUAAAUUCAAUCGAUAUUGAAGAAGAUAAUUUAAUCUUAGAGGAAGAAGAAACAAGUGAGAAAUAUGGAACCAGUGAAGAAGAAGAGAAGGAGGAGGAGGAAGCGAAAGAGCACGUAAAAGGACUAAAAGAAACAGUACCUGUUUAUAAAUUUAAGAAAGAUAUAUCAUUAAAUUAUAAAUUUAAUGGUCCAUAUUUCAAGAAAAAUCCUAAUAUAGAAUUUGCACCACCACCAUUAAAGGAAAAUGAAUAUUUACUAAAAGAGCAAGAAUUUAAGCAACUGAGUCCUGGGAUGUUAUUUGAAUUGCUUUUCAGUGGAAAUGAAUUGGCUUUUCAAAAGAAACUCUUAGAGGCAGAUGAAUCCACUGAUGUGACACCAUACGGUCCAUACGUGGAUGGGCAUCGUUAUUAUUCAUAUGUCAAGAAACUAAAUUAUUCUAUUGGACCAAAAUCUACAAAAUGUGAAGUGGAAGAAACUAUUGUGCGGUACGACGAAGAGUGUAUCGAAUGGAUAUCUACAACAAAAACUUUAAAUGUACCGAACGGUAAUAUAUUCCAAAUUAAGACUAGGUUUUUAAUUUGGUGGAAUAAACCAGAUCCAGAAAUUGAUGUUAGUGUUGGUUGUCUCUUGAAGAUAAGUUAUUGGAUUGAAUGGAGUGGGAAAAGUUGGCUCAAAUCUGUGAUUGAAAAGUCCUGUAGGCAGGGUAUAACUGAAAAUUUUCAGAGAUUUGAUCAAUUCUUGAAGGAAUAUAUGGAACAAUAUUUAACUUUAGAUACUAUUACAAUUAGACUUUCAGAUGAUUCUUCUGAACAAACAAAACUAAAUCAGAAAAUCGAAAAGGAUAUAGCCACUAAUGAGACGGCAACGAAACCUAUAGAAUUGUCAGAAGUAGAGUAUAAUAGUUUAGCUAAUAGUAAUGGUAAAAAAGCCUUGGUACAAUUGGGUAAGAUUAGGUUUUUUGAUAUUUUCCUUACAGUGCUACUUACGGUCAAUUUAAUAGUGAUGUUAGUAAUUUUGAAAAUUGUCAAAAAUAAUAAUAGUGGCAAAAGCGAGAAUACAUUAUACGGUGGUAACAAUAGCAAAUUAGUUGAAAUGUUGGUGCACAGUGUAUAG